GGUCGUUGCGUGGCUUUGCCAACAACACAUUUAGAAGCCCCCCAAAAAAUGGAAGCAUCAGACGAAUUCUUAACUCUAGAACUUAUUCGCCAAUAUCUCUUAGGUGAUUUUACUUCUACUGAUGAUGCAUUCUUUACCGAUGUGACUACUUCUGAAGAUUACACUCCUCAGUUUACCACUACCAUUUCUUCUAGCUCCUCUUCUUACCAUUUCCAACCCGUUAAACAGGAGUAUUCCCAAUCCGAAUCCGAGUCCAAUUCUCCCAUUUCCGACAACAACCCAGAUCAAUUCUUGGACUUAAUUAUGGUGCCCAAAUCCGAAACUGGCCCUCAUGUCAACCUAGCAUCUUCGCCAGAGUCGUCGAAGUCUUCGUCUCAGAAGACGACGACGGUGUCGGCGCAGGACUCCGGCGAGAGAAGGCACUACAGGGGAGUUCGGCGGAGGCCGUGGGGGAAGUUCGCUGCGGAAAUCCGUGACCCGAACCAGAAAGGGAGCCGCGUUUGGCUGGGGACGUUCAACACCGACACGGACGCCGCCAAAGCUUAUGACUGUGCGGCAUUCAAGUUGAGAGGUAGGAAGGCCAUUCUGAAUUUUCCUCUUGAGGCCGGACUAUCCGACCCACCCGAGAAUACUGGUCGGUCCCGGAAGAAAAGGAAGUCGGGCCAGGACCAGGAGGCUCCGGAGCCUGAAAGCUUCGAGUCAGGUGACCAGGGUUGCACUUGGACGAAGUUGUUUUCAGAGUAAUAUUUUCUAUGUAUAACAAACCGUCAAGCAGGACCGGAGCUCGGGAACGUGUGAUGACGUGGCGGUAAAUGAUUGGAGAUAGUUGUAUGACGUGGAGAGUAAUGUACAUGUAAAACCGGCUUUACGCGACGGCGCGUUUCACUGUUUGUGCCCAGAAAAAAAAGGUAGUUGAGUGGGACUCGGGAGAGGUGAAGCUAUCUCAAAGAUGUAGCACCGCCGCCGCUCCCAAUUAGUUUGGGGUUGUUUUCAUGUAAUGAGUUUCAAACCUGAGCUCAAGAGAAAGUCUCAAAAUGAAUGUACUGUAAAUUUAUUAAUUAGUAAUAAAUAUAACUACACUA